AUGCCGCCACCGCCGCCGCCCGCGCCGAACGCUAUUGAGGCUUUUAGCCAUGGCCAGUUUACGACGCCUUCACACGCCCAAGGACGUGGUAGGCCGCGACUGUCCGUGGAAAUCGAAGACGAAAUCUUCGAUUUUUUCGAGAGAGAUCCAAGACGAAGUACACGUGAUGCAGCUCGACGGUUCAACGUUAGCCAAUACGCUGUGUGGAAGCUGCUCAACACCUCUGGAUUGCACCCUUAUCACUUCCAAAAAGUGCAAACGCUAAAUGAAGCAGACGCGCUGCCUCGUCGAGUUUUCUGCGAGUGGCUGAUCGCACACCCCGAUGCGGUCAUUUUAUGGACUGAUGAAGCCCUAUUCACACGUGUGGGGCUGUACAACCAACAUAAUGAACAUUGGUGGUCGUAUCGCAACCCGCACAUGAUAAAAGACAAUUAUCACCAAGUGCGUUUUAGUGCAAAUGUGUGGGCCGGGAUUGUCGGUGAUAAAAUUCUAGGGCCGUAUUUUAUUGAGGGGCGGCUGACCGGAGGCACCUAUCUCAAUAUGCUACAAAGCAUAGUCUCUGAUUUGAUGGACGACGUACCGCUAGCCCUCAUUAACCAUCCUGCUAUUUAUUAUCAGCAUGACGGUGCACCGCCGCAUUACGCUAUCGACUGGCCUUGGCCACCCAAUUUUAUUGCAAACAAUAAUGACAAAUUUUUCAGGUACGUAGCGUUCGACGCUCUGGGCGAUAAGUUAAUAACCGGAAUAUCAAUAUGGGCAAGUUCCGGAGUGGCCAGUUCAAUAUUACAACACCACCCACCAUUGGGACCUAUGAGCAGUCAGAAUCUCCGACGAGACGAUUCAAAUGACGGUCUCGGGGGAAACAGGACUCAAGAGAAUCCUGGAACCGCACAAGACAUGAUCGUGAACUCGUACCAGAACCUGGUACAAAGAUACGACAGCUUAGUAAGGAAUUAUCAGCGAUUGUUUAUGGUGCGACACCGUCUUACCAACACGCCACCUCCUCCGAGUACAAUCGAUCGUGGUACAGACCCUAUGGAGACAGACAUGGCCCAUGCGUCUUCAAUGUGGACUCCCAAUACGCAAUCCUCGGCAACUUUGGGUCAACCAGAUGAGGCAACUCCCGGUCCCAGCACGUCUCGCCCACAAAACGGCGCAGAGAGCACGGAGAGUGGUGAUGGCGAAAGUAGCAGCAGACUGCUCAAUCUAGACGUUCUCUCGUUUGACAAUCCUUCAAGGAGUGCAGAUUCAUCACAUCACGAGCACUCCAUAUUUGGCUCUAGAUCGUCGGCUUUUCAGCCUCUGACAGAAGGCAGGUCAUUUCGAACUGUAGAUCAGAAUGAGCGCAACAAUAGAAUUUUACCAAAUCCAUUUUCGUCGUCCAUUAGCAGACCGCAACAGUCUCCUCCACCGGCGCACUCAUCACGGACGAGCAUCUUUACUUCUUCCAGACCCGAGUCUUCUUUGGCUCGAGCGUUCAUGGAACGUAGAAGAAAUUCAUCACCCUGUCGGCAUACACAGAACCCUUCAAGACACAAUACAUCGAUUUCUACUGGAGAAACCAAUCAAAGUCCAUUAACCAAUCAAAUGCUGUUUCAAGAUCCGUUUACACCGUCACCCUCACAGAGCAUGCCGUCAACGUCGGGCACCAACACCCAAAGACCGACUAUGACCAACUCUUCUACCCAAAUGAGCCCUAUCACAGGUUCUGUCGAUGCACAAACGAUUAACGAGAGUCUCGAUCUGAUCCGUGAUAUCUUAAGAGAUUCGGGAACACGACUGUUGAAUUUGAUCACCAACAUGUCUUUGUCGACAGUAGCGAGCGUUGAGCGCAAUAUGCCGAGGAGGGGUAGCUGUUCCCGCGCUCAGUCGGAUGACAGUGAAAACAACACUCGAAGCACAAGAACACGUACACGACCUCUUUCCCCACGCUCCAACUUACGCAGAGACCUUCUUUCUUCUAGUUCCGACUCUGACAGUGACCAAUCUCUCGAAGUUAACAUUUUCAGAACUAGAAAUUCUACAUUUCAUGACGAAUCUAUGGAAACAGAUCGUAACACACCGAGUACAUCUGAACGAUCAUCAAACCUUACAGACAGGAUAGUAUUUGACCUAAAUGACGAGCCCCGCCGUCGUGUAACUUCCCAAGAUACUGGAGCGAUUAACGUUUCAUUGUCAAAUGAUAGGUUUCGUGUACGAACACAGAACCAAACCGCCGAUCAAGCCGGAACCUCGAGACCUGAUACCGGAGAUAACGAGCUCGAGACUGAAAUAGAUACUGGUAAUCCUCCUCAGAGUGAACCUAUUGAUUACAGUCCUAGACCUUCGACAAGUCGGGAUAACUUCUGGUCAAGAGGUGACCCAAUGCCUUCUGAAGAGGCUUUUCGAAAGGUAAGAGGAGGCGUAAUCGCUUUACAAAAGCACACUGUACAACUGAUGAACCUUUGGGUACGCGGUAAUCGCACCACGUUACGGGAACUACGUAACAUGUGGGAAAAUCUUCGGAGACGCAUACUAAGUCUGCACAGAGAAACGGCGAGGCAAGAUAUGCCUAGCUAUUAUACAAGAUCACUUUUGGAAAGAUGCAUGAUGUUGACUGACAUGGCGGAUAACGCCCGUAAUGCUCUACGAAAUUCUAGGAACAACCCUAGGUCCGCCGGAAAUGAUAAUAACGCAGAAAAUAGCAGGGACGCCCCGCCCAGAAGUGAAAGUGGCAGUAAUUCAAACGCGACUGAGAGUGACUUAAAUGCGGCGACUGACAAUGUGAAUGAUAACAGGCCGUCGUUUUUGCGAUCACCGCAAAGGCGGUCGACAUCAAGCACAAUGAGAUCUGCUGCCUCACUUAGAAGGAGGUUACAUGCAAGGUGGCGUGGCGACGACGAAAUUCGUCGACGCCAUCGCAACCCUAACUCGAAUCGACUUGCUCCGAGGCUUACCAACAGAUCCCGCAUAGAUGUUGCCCGCGCCAUUGAAAUUAGCGCGACGAGACAUGAAAUACGCAUGCGUGCUAUGCAAGUACUGUCUAUAAUGUUCAACAUGAUGAUGAUGUGUCUUGAAGAACGAGGCCUUAGCCAGCUUAUUAUUAAUAUGCUUCGUACACUCAAAAAGGCGCUUGCAUUAACUUGCUUGAUGUUGAUGAUGAACCGUAAUAGAGCCAAUCGUCAAGCUGGCAACACUGCGCCUGCCGCACAGCGUAUGGAGUCCUUGAAUGUUGUACGGAUUCAGCAUGUCGAGCAUACUGGACCAGUUAACGUCGAUGGACCUGAUGACCCAGCCAUUCCCAAUACAGAACCUCCUCGUUCUCCGCCACCCCCACCACCACCACCACCUCCGCCUCCCCCUCCACCACCACCGCCACCGCCUCCUAGAUGUAAUGAAACUGUUUCCAAAAAUAAUGAUAAUAUGGCGACUGUAACAAAUAAUCUUUUAACUCCCAUGCCUGCAAAGCCAAUAAACCUUCUGCAAGACAAUUCUCCGCCACCUACCAUCACACCGAGUACAAACACGCAAAAAUGGAGCAAUCGGCUCGCGGUUCAAAUUUCUGAAGCCAAUAGGAAUUAUUCUGCAACUGCGAGGAACCGAAGAGAAAUAUAUUUAGAAAGUCAGCGCAUGAAGGCUUUGCAUCGAACUAAUCCAGCUGCACAUCCAAUCGUUAAGAAGAAGAUGUUACCGCCUGUUACUAGUCACAGAAUUCCCGCCGUUCGUUACUUGCCUGGUCAAAGAAACAUGCCCUCGACACCAAGGCAUGAAGCUCGCAUUACCAUUGAACCAGUAGCGGGUCCUUCAACGGAUCGAAUUAUUCACUCUCCUGCUGAUCCAGCAGAAAAUCAAGGUCCCAGGGACCAACUCUUAAAUGAGUUUGAUCGCAGAGUAAAUUUAGUGAGACUAGCUCAUUUGCAAGCGAUGAGACUAAGAAACGCUACAAGGACAAGGUUUAGACGAUUGCAGACUAUCCGUUUAUACACACCGUCGUCGGUGAGAGAAAUGUUCGCUCUGCACUCGACUAAUGGAGAAAAUCCUCCAGGAAGUCGAUCUCCAAUGCAAAACGGCCCUGACAUGGGGAACCGCCGUUCUUUUACCAGUUAUAGGCCCCAUAUACUCACUCCUCGUAGUGAUACUAGUAAUCGGUCGCCGGAGGAGCCGAGCCAUUUCCACACGGUGCUGAACAACGUUGCCAUGCCUUUGAUGCAAGUGAACGAUCUACCAGCUCACGUCGAGGCUCAUAAUAAUCAACCGCAGCGCCUGCCAAGGAUUCACGAAUAUCUGCAACCUAUUAUUCUAGCACAGAAUGCAAUGUUGGUAGAUGACGACGGUCAUGAGGGUAUUGGCAUUGGCGGUGUCGGUGUUGGAGGCGGGGGCGGAGGGGGUGCUAGACGAAUUAGUGCGGGUAUGGCUGGUCUAUUGGACGCCGGCAUCAUCUCCGAAACCCUGCCAGCGCCUUCGCACCGCGUUCAAGCGUGGGAUUUUACCACAGGAACCACGCCUGAUAUCGCUGAUAGCACAAAGAACGUCGUCGUCCAGCGUUGCCGGAUCCAUAAUGAUGCGAGCAUCGACAUUUCCAAAGAUGGACGCUUGUUGGUCGCGCUGCUGCCAGUGCCGAGGCUGCGGAACAGCAACCAUUGGCUUGGUGUAUACUCUUUGGAGUGGGGUCGUCUGGGCCAGUGCCUCCACACCGCCGUGCUAGAACAAAGCGCGGUCUCCGUGGCACUAUCGCCGACGGCUCGCCACCUCGCCGUGGGACUUGGUUCGCGGCGCUUCACUACCACCCCACAUGCCAGGAAUAAUGUUUUUGCAUUGCUCUAUAGGCUGGAACCCUUAGAAAGUUCAAGCCGCACUGGUCUUUCACCGAUAAAAGAGUUAGAACAGAACUGGGAACACGGCUUCACCAGUCUCAACUGUCUGCGGUGGGCGCCGCAACCUGGCCAAGGUCUCGUCUACGCCAAUAACACGGGACAACUCAUUAUCAUGAGUUAAAAACAAUCUAUCGGAUGUUUAGCAUGUAAGAAUUAUUACUGGGCAACUUUAGGUAAGCUGUUAGCACGCUUCUGUAUUACCCACGUACCAAAUGACACGGAACUUGUACCACUUGACAGAUCUUGGUAAAUAGUUCCUUCAACAUUCAUGUUUUUUCAUUGUAAAUACUUUUAGCAAGAACUGAAGGUACCAAGUUAUACUGAACAGGAAAAAUGGAUAAUAAAAUGGUCUUAACCUACAUUCUUAGAACGACAGAUUGAAGGAAGGAGGCCAGAGAAAAGGUAAAUAUCGUGCAAUUAUAUCCAGGAGGAACAUGGACUAGAGAAACUUGACGGUAGCUAUAGAAGAAUGAACACAAUCCAAAGGAACUGUCAGAGGAUU